GGGGGGGGGGGGGGGCAGUUGCGUGACGCUGCUUGCGCCGCAGAUGCUCCUCGCGCGCUCCAGCGAUCGCUCGCUGAAAGCGUGAAAGCGCUCAGCAGAGAUGCGCAGGCUCAGUGAAGUGAGUCUUGCAAGCAGAGAGCGGCGCGAGCGCCACUCCACGAGGCCGGGCCAACUUUCCCCCUGCGUCCUCCGCGCUCCUUAAACCAAAAGACUCGAGUCCUUUAGAAUCAGAUGGCAGCCAGCCGCGGAGUACUCCUGGACCACCGCUCGCUCCUCUGGGACUGAAAGCGCAGGACCAGGAUCUGUGAGAGUCAUGAGUCCUGAAACGGACCAGCAUAAGGUGGACACGUUCUACAUCGUUAUAGAAGUUGUGAUCGCAUUUCUCUCUGUAUCUGGAAACGUCCUGGUGUGCUGGGCGGUCGCCAUCAACAGCACUUUGAAAAACGCCACCAACUACUUUCUGGUGUCUCUGGCCGUGGCGGAUAUCCUGGUGGGCUGCCUCGCCAUGCCUUUUGCGAUCACCAUCAGCAUGGGCCUUUAUGUGGAUUUUUACGGGUGCCUCUUCCUCGCCUGCUUCGUCCUGGUCCUCACUCAGAGCUCCAUCUUCAGCCUCCUCGCCAUUGCGAUUGACAGAUAUCUGGCCGUCAAGAUCCCGCUGAGGUACAAGGAGCUGAUGACGGGAAAGACUGCCAGAGAGAUCGUUGCGAUUUUAUGGAUUUUGUCUUUUGUCAUUGGCCUAAUCCCGUUCUUUGGGUGGAAUUUAAAGAACAAAAGCUGCAACAACAGCUCUGUAAAGGACAACACUACGAACUCCGAGGAGACAAAAGACAGAGGGCACUUACUGCAGAGCUGCAAGGUCAAAUGCUACUUUGAGACUGUGGUGGACAUGGAGUACAUGGUCUACUUUAAUUUUUUUGUCUGUGUGCUGCUGCCGUUGCUCAUCAUGUUGGGCAUCUAUGUGAAGAUCUUCAUAGUGGCCAGGAAACAGCUGAGACAGAUUGAGCUCAAGUGUGUUGGCAACGGCGGAAGUCAGAACCAGGGCCUCCUGCAAAAGGAGAUCCGGGCCGCCAAGUCUCUCUCCAUCAUUGUGGGACUGUUUGCCAUCUGCUGGCUGCCGGUUCACAUCCUCAACUGCCUCACGCUGUUUUACAAGGACCUGAACAAGCCGUCGGUUGUCAUGUACGUGGCCAUCAUCCUCUCUCAUGCCAACUCUGCAGUCAACCCCAUCAUCUACGCCUACCGCAUCCAGGAGUUUAGGAACACUUUCCGCAAGAUUCUGAGUCAGCACUUCCUGUGCCGCAGGGAGGAGCUCUACCUGAGCUCCAACGGCAGCAGACGCAACAGAGACCAGAUCCACAUGACCAUCGACCCUCUGCUGUAAAUCUGCGUCAGCUCGGUUGUUUCGUCUCUAGUUCUUAUUUUAAAAUUGUUUACAAAAGGAGGAGUUUGACAGAACAGAGGUCGAUGGCGCCCUGAAUGUGGUGCUGUAUUUAUGAACCGUGAUGGUCAGGGGGCCAAUACAAGGUCAACAGCAAGUCUUACCUAACUUUUGUGUUGUACAUUUUUUUAACCGCUAAAGCUAACUGGAUUUGUUGGACUGUGACGAGGAUUCAAACGAAAAAUGCAAUUUGUCACUCUGAUGCCAACGUUAGCACACCCCUCUUUUUGACCCGCUACUUCAUAUCAACCAUGAUGGUAAAUUAUUUAUUUGUUGAAAAAAAAAAGUGCUUUAGAAUGUAAUUUAAGAAAACUGUAACUAGACCUUUACUUGUGGACCUAAAGGAAGAUACAGCUGUAGUCAUCUGUGGUUUGUUUGGCUUGUGAACCUUUUAAAAUGAAGGUGUUCCCAUCACUGCCUUCCCUAAAGAAGAAAAUAUAAAAAUACUUUAUUUAUUUUUCUAUUUGCAACCAGCUGUAGGGUCUGCCAGUUUGCAUAUCAGUAUUAAAGAGAUAUCUUUGUACAGC